UGCCCCAUAAGUCCUUUUUUCAAAGUCUCCUUUUUAUUUUUUUGGUUCUGGCCAGGAGAGAGUCUCUAAAACCCUAUUGUCAUCGAAUCACUACCUCGAGUCAGACAGAUUUCUCUCUUAUUCGAUCUUACGAGACCGAUAGAAAGUAAGAUAUGGCAGACGCAUCGUCUAAAGUUGGCAGUUUUUUCAUUCGCUGUGAAGGCUGUAACAAGAAAAUUCCUGAAGAUCUUGUAAGGAUGCACAUUUGUUAUGCUAGAUACGGAUUCGCAGUGUAUCAGGCAGCUCAAGCUGUGGAGGCAGAAUCUCAGGCUAAGAGACGCAGAAAGGCCAAGGACUCAAACAGGCCACCUCUUACCGGCUUCGUUAUCUUCAUGAAUGGUUUCCGUAAAAGUUUUAGAACAGAUUACAAUGGUUCAUUGGUGAAGGAGGUUUCAAAGAUCGGUUGGGAAAUGUGGAAGUCUAUGACUGAGGAUGAGAAGAAAGUUUAUGUGGAUAAAGCUGCUGAACUUAUGGCUAAUGAUGAAGAAGAAGUGGAUGAGGAUGAGGAAUUUGAUGAUACUGAUGAGGCUGAGGACAAAGAAGUUAGUUAAGGAAACAGAUGAUGACAACAAAGUAGCUGAAGGUAAAGAAGAAGAGAUUUUGGAUGACUACUAGAAAUGUGAUUCUUGUUCUUGUGGGUCUAGUCUUUUAAUGAAAUGGAUUGAUCUCUAAUCGUUGUGAUGCAUUGUAAAUGUAGCCUUUUAAUAUCGUGAAAGUAGUUUAUCUGAUGAGGCUGAGGACAAAGAAGUUAAAACAAA